AUGGCUCCACGAACAUCACACCAGCGCAACAUUGACGAGAUCAACCGUCUCGACGGCUACGAUAUAAUUAUCGUGUGUACGUCCACUCCACAUCAGGCGCAAUAUUGGCAGGAUCGCCUUAUGGCCACGCGUGGCUCAAUCUCCCCAAAGUAUGCCAAGGUCAUCGCCGUAUAUGAAGACUGGGAUGGUGGCGCUGGCAACGGCCUCGGUACUCUUUACGCGUAUAAUAAAGCUCUCGCUGCUGCUAAAAAACUUUAUGGCAUCGAUGUACCGACGCUUCUUGCCGACGGCAGGAUAAGUGUCGCGCUGUACCAUACUGCUGGCAAGGGCACGCGUCUUGCGCCACUUCCAGGCAGUGAAAAUAACAACAAAUCUGGCGUGAAGUUACCGGCUAUGGUGGAGGUGACGGGGAAACAUGUACCUAUGACAAUCCUUGAGGCUGUUGUAAAGCAGACUGGUGUGUAUGCCUCAAGCCGUCGCGGACGUCUGUCUGUUUUUUGGGGCGACCAAGUGUUUAUUCCGUCGGCUGAAGUUAAGUAUAACGCGAAUCAUCACAUUGAUAUUUUAGCAGCACUUGCUCCUAUGCCCACGGAAAAAGAAUGGAAAGAAAAGGGUCUUGAAAAGUAUGGUCUAAUUGCAGUCAACCAGCAAGAUAGUGCUGCUCAGGUUGACAAAGUCACUCACGAGACUGCCAUUCGUCUGCUGGCUUCAUUUGGCGAGGUGAAAUCGGUGGGCACUAGUUUGGGAUCUUUUAGUGUGGACUCUGACAUGCUUCAGGCGUUGCUUACUGAAUUUUCCAAGGAAUUAGCUGCCAAAAGUGGGAAGCUCGAUAGCGACCCACACUUUUGGAUGCCGCUCACGCUCGAGCUAAACGCGUACACGGAAGUAAUGACGCAGAAGGGUACCGAGAUUCCAGAGGCUACUGCGCACUAUCAGCGAAUGCAGAAGAUGAUGGCAACCUUCAAGAAGAACCGAACAAAAGAACUCGGGCUCUUUGGCUGCGUAGAUGUCGGUAGCGACGUGUAUUGGUGGGACUACGGCCAAUUAAAACUUUAUUUAAAGAACAAUCGGCUAGUGACUCAACUGGGACUUGAGGCGGAUUGUUUGCGCUUAUUUCUUGGCAUUGGAAACAAUACAGAGCACAGUCAGAUUGGUGAGAAUGCGAUUAUCGACGGUGCUUUCGUGUUGAAUUGCGAAAUCGGUCACGGUGACAUCAAACACAGCGUGCUGAGUGGCGUUUGUGCGAAAGAAGUGCAUGCGGAGGGAUCAAUUCUCAUAAAUGUGACUGCGCACUCAAUUAUGGCUCCAAAUUGUGUUGUGUACAACGUCACUUCUGAUGAAGUCGAUGGACUGUGCUUGGAAGAGGGUAGCGUAGUUGUGGGCGUGCUGUUGCCAGACGGUAAGAGAAUUGUCAUGCGCUCAAGCAUGGAUGUUUGUGGUGGAAAGGCAUGGAAAACGGUGCUGCAGGAAAAUCAACAUUCGUUUGAAGCGAUUUAUGAGCUUAAUGCUGAUGCAAACGUGCAAAAGUUAGAAAAACUAAUCCAGGACGAGCAUAUUAAGAUGCGCGAAAUGGUGUUGUCUUCCUGA